UAUCAACCAUGAAAGAAAAGAAAGGCAUGAUUGUUGUUUAACGGCUCCACGUGGAAAGCAGUUGGCACCACAAAUACAGCACAAGAAGUUUCCAGCUUUUAGAAAACUGCAAGUCGCACUAUAUGACAUAUUGGAUAAAAAUUGCGUUCCCACGUUAAAGAAGUCCUACCAAAUCUCAAAUGUUGAAGCAAUGCUAGAAAAGGAUAAAAAGGACACAACAGAGAGGGGCACCACAGAGGUGGAUAGUUCUACGGAAGCAGGGGGAUUUUCUGAAGAAUUGGACCCUGAGCAAACCAAUUCAGAUUGUGACAUUAGAAAAUCUAGAAAUGGAGCCAAAUCUUCAAAAUGCUCGGCGUUGAAUGAUCAGAGCUUGUUUGCAACAUUAUCUUUUAUUGAACCAAACCAUAGAAAUGCAGUAAUGGAUCUUUGUCACACCCAAACAGAUGAAGACAGAGAAAGAAGCUUUCAGAAGGCCUCCCCUCUGAUUUUUGAUGCAGAAAAAUUGAGUACUCAAUGUCUUGAACCCAGUAAAAAAUGUAUGGAAUCUGGGAGCCAUGUGGUUAAAGAAAGAAAGAAGGAUGGCACCUAUUAUAAAACAGAAGAUGAUCAAGAUGUAGAGAUAAUGCUCUCAAGAGAUUCAAGUGAAACAACUAUUAGUGAUGUAACCCAACCCUACAGCCUACAUUCCAUCUCUGAUGAAGGAAUUUUGCAGAGUCAGGAAAUGAUCCCUGCCUUUAGCAAGGACAUAUUCUCCAAGACAUCAAUUAGCACAAUGACCUUGUCUGAUAAAAACCCUCAUAAAGGAGGCAGAUGUCAGGUAUCGGAAGUUCUCUCAUCAUUUUCAGAAAUAAGUCUUAAUUUAGAUAUACAGACUCUAACUUCCAACAAGAGUGAAAUUAAGCUGCCAAUAAAGGAAAUGGUGGAUCUCAGUCUGAAUACAUUAACUGAAAAGAUCCAUGAAGAUCAAAUGACCCUUGAAAAGGAAGAAAGUAAUACCAAGGAUUGCGGUAAAAAUAUAGAGAGCUUCUGGUCUCUGCUAAAAAACAAUGAAAUUCAAUGUGAUAAAGCUCCUGUGUGUGUAGCUGAUGAAAAAAUGGCUCUGGAUUUGGAAUAUGGAGAUGAUGGCCUUUCAGGUCACGGUGCUGAAUGUUUACUAUCAGAUGGCCAUUUAGCAGAGCAGACAUACCCAGAUGACGAUGAUGGAGUCUUCAUACACACUGAAGUAGAAAAAGCAGCAAUGCCAGUUGAAGACAAACAAGAAGAAGAAGGCUUUCUGCGGUGUGAGUCUCAGAGCGUAAAAAUGGUCUUUUAUGAACUGUUUGGGUCACUAGUGAAACUUCUUGGAAGUCCCAGCGUUAAUCAGAAAAAGUCCAGAUUGGGAAGACUUACGGAACUGGAGGAUUCUUCAAAUGCUGAGAAAUAUGAAGGCAGUGGUGCCAGGCUCAGUUCAAAGAGAAGAGAAGAAGAUAGGCUCUGUUUAGCAAACAGAGCCAUAUGUUUAGGCUGCAGAACAAAAGAGAAGACAACACCAAAAAGGACUCCCAAACCAAUAUCUAGGUCUUGGCUCUCUCAAGAACAAAGUCGCAUUAAAGUUAUAGAAGCCUUGACAGAAACCCUCCAGAAAAGGCUGAAUGAGUCCCUUGACUUGGAUGUGCAGAAAAAUACAGCAUCAAAAAUAGCAAAGAAAGUGGAGACGGAGAUAUUCAAACAGUUUGGCCGUGUGGAUCGGCUUUACAAAAACAAGUAUCGCAGUCUUCUCUUCAAUCUGAAAUCAACAGACAACCAGCUCUUCCACAAGUUGAUGCUUGGAAAAGUUACCCCAAGGAGACUAGUUCAGAUGAAUUAUUUAGAGAUGGCCUCCAAGGAACUAGCAGAGUGGAGAGCCAAGAAGAAUAAACAUGAACUGGAGAUAAUUGAGAAAGAGGAGCGAGAAGUGCCAAGGCAUUGCUCUGAAAAAUUCACCCAUAAAGGAAUUGUAGAGAUAUACAGAGAAGCAGACAUAGAUGUGGCAUCUGAAGAAAUAAUUGAAUCAUUGCUACUCGAGGUGCCAUCAUUAGUUGGGAGCAACCAAAUAAGAGAGUUGGCUGCUGACAGUGAUCGGGUAUUUGAGCCAGCCACAUAUAAAUUUACUUUUCAGCAGCAGGAAAAUCCCUCUCAGAUUUUGCAUCAAAACAUCACAUACUCGGAAAUUGACAAAAGACCUCAGGAUAAGGGCAGGUCUGCCUUUGCUAGUAGUGCAAACCAAAAUCGACCGAUGGCAAAGCAGUCCAGCUACUCAGUCAUCUGGAAUGGGCUUAUCCAGACAUUCAGUGUGAAGCAGUUUGUAGCCAAAGCAUACCCUGUUUCUGGUUUUGGCCCUCGUCUCUGUCAGGUCUUGAUCGAUGCCACCCAGCUUUGCUGUUAG